CAAUGGAAUUUCUAAAGCAUGAAAUAGGUGAAUUCACUCCAGAUGCAAAAACAGAAUCAAGUAUUCGACGUUCAGCAGAACUUUAUAUAACUACAAAUCCAGUAUUCAAAGCAGAGCGUGAGGAUAUCACACGACAACGACUAGUGUUUGCUGCAAUUGUAAGCGAUCACUACGAUGUCCUUUUCAAUGGAACGAGUAAUGAACGUGGUCCUUUGUGGGAGGAGAUUCGCUUAUUUAUGAUUGAGAAUGGGGCAGCAACAUUAGUUGAUAAAGAUUGGAAAUAUACAGGCAGUUGUUAUUGGCAAAAUAUUCGAAAGGAAUCAAUUCGACGCAUGGCAAAAAUGAAAUUAGGUACGGUAAAACAGGCAAGACCUGGACAACUUGAAUUGGAUCGCCUUGUCAGCACUAUUAUCGAAAAGCGUGGGCCUGGCUCGCUUGAAACAGUUAUAAAUCAUUACGGUCUUGCUUAUAUUGAACGUGAAUCAGGAAGUGGAAACAAAGUUGUUGAUAGAGAAAUUGAUGAUAUGCCUCAAGAAAAGCCUUCAACUUCAUUAGUUUCAUCAAAUCACCCCGUCAGGCACUCAAAACAACUUAGAAAUUCAGCUAGUCCAGGUGUACAAAAAACUAAAUUUUAA